UUGUCACUCUAUUCACGUGCAUUUUGUGCACGUACUCCAAUCGCCUGUAUAUUUUACAAAUGGUUAAACAAAUAUUUCAGCAAUUUACCAAAUCUUCAAACUGAUAUAUAAUUAUUAGAAAAUUAUAUUAAUUAGGCGGGAAAAUAAGUGUCGUUAUUUGAUAAUCUGACUUUUGGAAUUUACUAUUCACACUGAAGUAAUGUGAAAUACAUAUGGUUAGACUACUCAGUGUAUUGGGAGAAGCUAGCGGAACGGAUAUUUUCAUUGCUUAUCAAUGGAGCAUAACCAAGAGGUACGUCCGAAUAGUGUUUAGUGAGACCCACAUUCCUGUUUUGAUUGGUAAAUACUGAUUCAUUCAUACAUAAACUAUUGUACUGAUUUAUUUAUUGAGAGAUUUAACACUACUGUGUAUUGUAUAGCGUGGGUGACACAUUUGCAUUUACUUUGAUAGAGGACCGGUGCAUAUAUUUUCGUGACAGUAGUAGCCUGGAUUUAUUAUGUGAAGCUGCAAUUAUAGGAUACCAGACUGCAGUAUAACCCUUUCGGAAUAAUAACGUCAAGCGCAAAUCAAUUCAAAUAAGGAACCUUGGAGUACAUAUAUGCAAAUUAUCUAGUGGAUUAAAUCAAAGAUUUUUACUACUAAAAAGGAAAUGAGUACUCAAUUGGAUAACUUAAGGUAACAAAACUAAACUUUUUGAGAUAAAGCGAUAAGAGAACGAGUUUAUUUAAUCUUUAGGCUUACACGUAAACAUUUAAACUUCAUUAAAUUGGUUGUUUAUGUAAACGAUUCGAUAGUCUGUAGCGAUCUUUUUAGUGAAAGUUUCGUUUGUUUUUGGUUAUGUAAUGAAAUCCAUUUAAAUAGAGAAAUCCAAAAUCGUUGAUUUUCCAAUAUGGGGUUUGUUCCUCUUUACUGCUUAAUAGGGACACUGCUUCUUGCAGUCCCUUCCGAAUCUUUCAGCAUGAACGGUCAGAAAAACUCUUAUACCAGAUUCCCAAAAUGGAAUGCAUGUGUCAAUGCUUCCAUCACUUUCGAAUUCAAAACGGAUCAAGCUGAUUCUCUUCUCAUGUAUACUGACGACAAAGGCGACAACGUAACAAAUAAUUUCUUUAUGGUCGUAUUAGAAGGAGGUAGUGUGGUACUAACGUACAAGAUUGAUGAUAAGAUGGACGGUAGCAUCAAUAUCAAGCUCGGACCUGGUAUGAACGACAAUCGCUGGCAUACUGUGAAAGUUCAGAGGAACCGUCUAGAGACUAUUCUGACUGUGGAUAAGAAUUCAGAUAGUAGGAUAUCUUUAGACGAAGAUAUCCAUUUUGCUCACAUCCCGGAAAACAACGAUGUAUUCUUUGGUGGUCUUCCGCAGGAUCAUUUCCGAACGAAGCUGAGAUACUUGGCAUUGCCAUCGGUCAUGUUUAAAAACGUUCUCCGAGGUGAGAUCCGAAAUGUUAUUUAUUACAAUUGCACCUGCAAGCCUGUGCGAGGAGAGAUGCUCACAAGCCAAAAUGUGGAUAAUCGUCGACCAGAAGCUUGUGAGGCCAGAAACCCGUGUGGUGAGGCUCUGUGUGUUAGCUCUGACAGAGGGUCACAGUGUAAAGUGGUAGAUAACGGAUGCGGAAGUGAUCAUGGAGUCUCCUUUUACUAUCUUCCUAUGGACAGCAUCAAGAACAAUAUUCUCCAAAAUCCAUCUGGUUUAGACUCAACUGUCACUGGACAACCACAAUUAAUAAAGGGCGCUAAAAACAAUGCUUUGCAGAUUAAUGGACAAACACAGUACCUCAAAGUUAGCGGUAGAAGACACCGUAAAGAAUGUCUCGGCAACCUUGAGCUGUGCUAUGAAGGUUAUACCAUGGGAAUGUGGUUGAAGUUUUCAAACCCAGGACGCAACGAGGGAAUUUAUCUGUCCAAUGGCGGUCAUGAUGCAAUGUCACAUGGUAUUGCAAUGACCUACCACAACGGACGAAUCAAAUUUAUCUUCCGUAGUAAAAACGGAAACUAUUGGACAGUAUCAGAUGACAAUUUCUUAGCUGAUAAAUGGUACCACGUUACUGUGUCCUGGAUUCAGAAUAGGGGACUGCAUCUUUAUAUUAAUGGGAAUCUUGUAAACAGAAUGAACUUGCCACAGAGAAGAGUUGCAGUAAGGGGUUCAGUCAGAUAUAAUGAUUUCAUAAUUGGUAGAUCUAAUGACAGACAGGGACUAAACAACCUAGGACAAAUUACAGUUGAUGAAUUCCGCUUCUGGCCGAAGAUGUUGUCACAAAAACAAAUACAAGAAAAUGGUCCUAUGUACAGAUACUACCUCAAUAUGAAUGAGGUUGCUGGACAAGAGCUAAUUGUAGACAAUGCUGAGACCGAAAUAGUAGGAGACGUUUCAUUGGUUGACGGGAAAAUCGGGAAAGCUAUCGCACUUACCGGUCGCGGUGAUUACAUCGAUGUUGGAAACUUACAAGACACGUGUCUUGGGGAUCCAGUACGUUGUCUCUAUGGUUUCACCAUAUCAUUUUGGAUCAACCCAACAACUCUUCCAACCAAAACAUACUACUUUUCAAGUAGCUCGACUGGUUUCAAUAUUUUCUCGGAGCAGUAUACAAUGUAUGCAGAAGUGCGAAGUGACAAUAAAGUUUGGAGAGACAGUUUUUAUGGUUUGGAAGUUGGAAAAUGGCAUUAUGUAGAAUUAACAUGGGAUCCAGAAAAGGGUACGGAGAUGUUUCUUGAUUUGAAAAGAGCAUCUUUUCAACGUCGUAGUACCUCUGAGCGUCUCCAACCCUCAAAUGAGAGGAACUUCUUCAUUGGCCGUUCCCAUGGUGAUAGAAGACAAGAAAUGAAUCCUUCAGCAAUCAUAGAUGAAGUAGACAUGUAUUAUGGAAAACGACAGACUCUACUGGAUUUAGAUUUAAUUCAGAGAGGUAAACCAAAUAAAUACCAAUUUGGAUUAGACAAUAUGCGAGGAGAUAUAAUAGACCACCCAUCUCUACUAAUCGAUACAUACAAUAAACCUAAAAUUGUCCGUGGAAAAAUUGGAAAAGCACUGAAAUUAAAUGGCCAGUCACAGGUAGUAGAUAUAGGAGAACAAUCUGACAGUUGUCUAGGUAACCUUGACCUUUGCCAUCAUGGUGCUUUAAUGGCAUUAUGGUUUAAACCAACAAAUCUUGGAAAUGACAUGCACUUUUUAUCCAAUGGACAUAAUGGUAUCAGCGUUUCAAACCAAGGAAAUGAAUUUAUUAUAACUGCUGCCACGUCUACACGGAAAUGGCAGGUUACGACCGACAAACUUCACGUCCACCAUUGGAAUUUUGUCGAGAUUGACUGGGAUCCUGAAAUAGGAUUGAAACUUUACAUCAACAACAAAUUAGUUGCCGAUGACUACAAAUCUGAUCGAAGGAAUGAUCAAAUUCCUUCUGAUCUUGUUGGUAGAUCGGUUGCAGAUAAAUUUUAUUUAGGACGUGGUAAUGUAAACAUGGAACGUGGUACCUACGCGAAAGGUGUAUUCGAUGAACUUGAGUACUGGUAUGGACCACGUGGCUAUUUGGAAGCAUUUGGAUAUUUAAAUCGAGACAAACCUAAAAGUUACAUCAUUCCGUUUGAAUCUAUUGAUGGCACAACAGUACCUCACUCAAGACUGACUUUAACAACAUUCCGCAACCCAAUAUUGGUCCAGGGACGAAUAGGAAAUGGGCUUUCCUUAAGUGGAAGAGGUCAGUACUUAGAUUUAGGAGAACAUCCAGAAGAAUGUAUAGGGAAUCUCGCUCUUUGUCACAAUGGAAUCACCGUUUCUACAUGGCUGAAUUUUCAAAGACUUCAAGACAACUCAUAUAUUUUCUCAACCGGAAAUAAUGGAAUACGUAUGUACAUAAAAGAUAACUAUCUUAAUGUCAAGGUUAACCAAAAUAGGAAAGAAUGGCAUGUACGUAUACCACAGUUCGACAUUUCAACUUGGAAUUUUGUUGAAGUGUCAUGGCACCCUGAUUUUGGCCUUGGUUUGUAUUUGAACAACUCAUUGGUUGCCAAAUCCACGCACACAGAAACAACUGAAACUCCACUGGUACAAACAAGACCGCAUGUACUACUAGGCAAGGCAAACACAGGUGAUUCAACAGAACCCACCCAGGAUGCGAACAUGGUUGUUGACGAGAUGGAAAUUUGGUAUGGUAGGAGGGAAGAAUUGAUGGCAUUCGACUACAUUCUCAGAGACAACAUUCGACACGAGAUUUUCUCCAUGGAAACGCAAAAAAAUGACAUAGUUGAUCAUCCAAAAUUUACUGUUACUCUAGAAAAUGGCGCUCGGCUAAUUCCGGGAAAGAUGGGAAAUGCAGUUUCACUAAAUGGAUAUGGACAGUUUGUUGACAUUGGCGUCCACGAUGACAAAUGCUUAGCAAACCUUGAAAAGUGUAAGCACGGUCUUACCGUUUCAAUGUGGCUGAAAGCCCGUCGCCUUGUCGAUGACACAUACUUCCUGUCAACUCCAUCGUAUUCACUUUUCUACCGUGAUGGUCGUCUGCAAGGAAAAUUUAAUCGCAGAGGUAAGAUAUGGGAGGUGUUUACACCAAACUUCAAACCCGAUUAUUGGCACAAUGUGGAUUUGAGUUGGACACCGGAAACUGGACUUCGUCUUUAUAUAGACGGCAACCUGGAAGCAACAACAAAAAGAUUCAGAGAGCAAAUGCAAGGAGAUCAGCCAGCAUCCAACUCGGUUAAGAUUGGGAGGUCUGACAGAACUUCUAGGACAGCUGCAGCAGACAUUGAUGAAGUGCAGUUCUGGUAUGGACCACGUGAUCAAGUAAUGGCUUCCGGUCAUUUGGGAGGAUCCGUAAACCAUCGACCAGUACUAUUCGAUCGAACUCCAAGACGAUACGGCAAUGGAACAGCAGCCAUUGUGACUCCGUCGGGAACAAUUUACCUAAUCAACGGCCCAUCACGUGCCCAAGGUGACCAGCAUGCUUCAAUCCGUGUCAAUGGCAAAUCACAGUACAUCUAUGUAGGGGAUGAUGUUAUUUGCACGGGUAACCUUGACAAAUGUCCACAGGGAUUCACACUGCGCAUGGCAAUGAAACCUGAAAACCUUCUAAAUAAUAUGUACUUCCUGGAUAGCUUCCCUUUGUCGAUUUACUACAGAGAUGGAAAGUUGUUUGCCACUGCCAGAACUCCAACUAAAGCAUGGACUGUAUCUACUCCUGGUAUCAGACAGAACGAGUGGCAAGAUAUUGAAAUUACUUGGCAUCCACAAGCAGGUCUCACAAUGACACUGAAUGGAGCUGAUGCUGCUCACACGACGUUUGGUACACCCCAAGAUGAGGUCCGUGAUUGGAGCAGUAAAUUGUACUUGGGAAGAUCUUUAUCGGAUAUGGUUAGGGAAAGGUAUGCCGAUGCUGUUUUUGAACGUUUAGAUAUUUGGAAUGCUAGAAAACAGUAUCUGGUAACUCACAAAAUCAUUCGCACAGAAAUUAAUGGUGGAGGCCCAAGACCACCUAUUCUUAUUCAGCCACAGCCACCCAUUGUACAGACACAGCCACCCAUUGUUGUACAGCCACCUGUAGUCCAACCUCGACCGCAACCUCCAGUGAUUGUAGAUCCAGGUUCAAUUAAUAUUCAAGGGGGUAAUGGAUUUUACGUGGUAAAUGGUUCUUUUGGAAUUCUUCCUACACGAAGGACGACGCCAAGACCAGCCCAGGUAACAACCCAACGGACAGUAAUUAACCCAGGAGGCGGUGUAGUUCAGACAGGAUCUCGACAAUAUUUCAGCGGCUACGAUGUCACAGACUUUGACAAGUACUUCUCAAAUAUUGUUCGUUUCCAUGGCAACGCAUAUAUCCAUUAUGAUUUUGACAAAGUUGGAUUCGAACAGCAAGAUAUCCUGGCCAGGGUUCAGAAUGAGACCUUCACCUUCCAGUUUAUUACCAGUGAACAAAAUGGACUGAUCUGGUUGGACGAUAGACAAGAUGAAGAUUUGAGAAUGUACUUGGCAGUUAAGAAUAUAGAACAUGGGAAAGAAUGUGAUGGUUACCUCCUGUUCCAUAUUGAUGAAGGAAAUGGACGUGUCCAGGAAAUCAAACUAACCUCCAGAAAAAUCAAAGAACUGAAUGACUGGGACUGGCAUACAUUUAGAGUGGAUAGGGUUGGAAGAGAGCUGAAAUUCUUCAUUGACGAAGAAUAUAUCGGAACUAUAACUACCGUUAGAGAAAUCCAGCUGAUUGGUCGAGGAGAUGUCUACCUCGGAGGUACACCAAUAGAUUAUACUGAUGCCGUAAUUACUCAAGGAUAUAGUGGUGGAAUAACUAAGAUAUUAUAUGUGAAGAAUUUACCAAAUUUACUACUCCGUGUAAGUUUAAUGCAGUAUAUUACCCAAAUGCAUCAUGGGUCUGGAGCUAAUAGUGGUAUUGAUAUCAUAGUACCAGGACAGGCGAUAACACCGCUAGUAACACCAAGACCUACGCCAAGGCCUACACGUUGGCCUUAUACACCAAGACCUACACCAAGACCAACCAGACCAGAAACACCAAGGCAGACAACUGUUACUAUUCUCAGUACCAUAUCCUUCAUCAAAUCUUUUAAUUUACAUCUCAAUCAAAAUUCAUAUGUGGAUUUAAGAUCUGGCGGAACAAUUGUAUUCAGAUUUAGAACACUUGAGUCAAGAGGUGUCUUAUUUUUAGCUCGUCGUAAAAAUUCUUCUAAUCAGUUAUUUUUAGCCUUUGAGAUAUAUGACGGUAAAUUAUACUUCAUUUCUGACUUCGGUGCAAGAACUAGACGACUAUUGGUUUCUGACGUUAUUGUCAAUGAUGGAACAUGGCAGAACAUAAAACUGGAAAUUCAGGACCGAAAAAUAUUCAUUUCACUCAACGGAAUUCAGAGAACUUUGGACCUGACUACAGAAGAGGUGACACAAGCAUAUUUCAAUGAUGGUAUUUAUAUAGGUGGUUUUCCAGAAGAUUUCAAGUCUUGGUAUGUCUGGGGUUCAUCUAACAGUAAAUUCCUUGGCUGUUUCAGUGAUUUACAGCUUAUAAACACAAACACAAAUAUGAAUGGACCUAUUAGAGAUAUACCCGUCGGAGAUUACUUAAGUCUUGGUUGUAUGGAUAUGAACAAACAGUGUGUGUCUACAAACCCAUGUAAUAAUGGAAUAUGCUAUAAUGGAGUCAGACAAUAUUACUGCGAUUGUGCAGGCACUGGAUGGGCUGGUACAAGAUGUAAUGAAUUUGCAAUGAUUGGUGGUUUCCAAGGAAAUGACUACCUUACAUAUUUUUACAGCACACGACAAGAAUCUCAUACUAAUGAUAUAUCACUACGAUUUAAAUCUUUCUUACGAAACGCAUUCCUCUUCCAAACUAUAUCCAGUAUCAGUGAUGAUUACCUUCGUGCUGAACUUGAUAAUGGAAGGGUCAAGGUCACCAUCAAAGUUGAAGGUCAAUCUCCUCAGGUAUUUUAUGUUGGCUCUAACUUGGAUGACAAUAGAUGGCAUAAUUUGUUUAUCAAACGACGAGGCAGCCAUCUUGAAUUAUUUGUGGAUUCAGAACAACCAAUCAUAAAAACUAUCCAGGGUGAGAAUUUCUAUCUGCGAUAUGACAAGAUUUACUUUGGUGGAGUUGGCGACUCUGGAGUUUCUGUAGAAAACCAUCCAAAUUAUCUGGGCCUGAUGCAGAAUGUUUACUGGGAUAGACUAGACUUGUUCAGUGAACUCAAGGGCAGGUUGCCAGAUUCUGCCUUCAAAAUUGUUUGGAUCACAAACGAAGGACAAUUGAAUAAAUUCAUAUAUCGUCCAAUCACAUUUGCUACCCGUGAAGUCCACUCUGUGCUUGACCAAAUGCAUAUGGGUCUUAGCUUUAGGAUGAUGUUUAAUUUUAAAACAAAAGACGAUUCUGGUGUCAUUUUAUACAGCCAGGGACCCCAAGGUCGAUUUGUUGCUGUUGAAUUGGUUGAUGGGUUUUUAAACUUCCACUUUAAUAACGGUUUGUCAAAACAGUCGGUGGUCAUCAGAACUCCUGAUAGAGUAAACAACAACCAAUGGCACAUGUUUGAAGUAAGACAAUUCAUACAAGGUGGACAGCAAUACUAUAGAAUAACUGUCGAUGCAACAUCUAGGGACAUACAGAUUCCAGGGAACCAAAAUCUUCAGCUAACUGGUAACAUGUAUAUCGGUGGAUUACCGACGACCUACUUUAAAGAUAGUGCAAUAACAUCCAGUAUAGUGUCUCGUCAUGGAUUUAUGGGAUGUCUGGCCUCUGUAGAUCUAAAUGGAUUUUCACCGAACCUGUUUAAUUUUGCUAGUGAUAAGGCAGCUGUUAUGUCUGCCUGUACAGAUAUAAAAGCCUGCGCUGCUGAUUAUUGUUCUAAUGGUGGAAUAUGUAUUCCUGGUAUCGCUUCGUCACGUUGUAUGUGUGAUCUAACAGGGUAUUACGGACCUACAUGUCAGGAUUAUCCAGUUGGUGUUUAUUUUAAUAAAUAUAUUGAUUCAAAGCAGUAUGGUGUCAUUAAAUUUGACCUUAUUAAUCCACAAAACUCCAGGGAGGACAAACUAGCAUUUGGAUUCAUGACUGAAGAGAAAGAUGGAAUUAUUAUGAGAAUUGAUAGUGGUGGUGCCAACGAAUACAUUGAACUUCGACUGGAAAAUGGAUACUUGGUGGCCCAGUACAAUACAGGAAAUGGCGAGCAGACCAUAUCCUUUGAUCAGCGAAGAUUGAAUGAUGGGAAUUAUCAUGUGGUACAGUUUACACGUACUGCCGAUGGUGGAUUUUUAGUUGUUGAUAAUGUGCAAAAAACUCUUGCCCAUCAAGUUCACAAAUCAGGAGUAAGUCACUCUGUCUUUGAUGAAGUGAAGUAUGUUUAUAUUGGAGGCAGACUGGAUGCUGGUGGUAAUGUGAUGAACCCAUUUACUGGUAUCAUAGGAGGUGCUUUUUACAAGAACUACAGGUUUAUAGACCUUGGAGAAUCAGCAACAGGUGCCAACUGGAAGGGUACUUAUUAUGUCAUCACUAAUGGAAGACCAGGAUACAUUCUUGUUAGUAUACCGAGACCCACAGCUCCCCAGAGGGUCCCACUUCCUCCUUCAACUGGACCAUACCCAAUUCCAGGAGAUCUAGGAGGAGGAGGAGUUGUUGCCCCUGGAGCCUCUGGUGGUGGGCCAGGCGGAGGAACUAAUGUAGGUAUUGGUAAUCCAGGAUCUAUUUCUGUUGGAGGUGGUUCAGGAAGUGUCGGUCCAUCAGGAAGUGGAGGGCCAAUUACUGGUGCCCUGACAGGAGGUGGUGCUGGUCCCGUACCACUUGCAGGAGGUGGAGCUGCUGGCGGAGCUAGAGCUGGAGCUGUAAUGGGAGCAAUUCUUGGAACAAUGGCAUUUUUGGCCAGUCUGAUGUGGGCUUUCUGGGGUUUGAAACCAGGAGUGAUUCCAAUGGGAGCAGGAGGAGGCGGUGGUGGAGGCGGAGCACCCUCAAUGUCAAUUUCACCACCUACUGCAACCAAUCUGCCUGUCGCCCAAGCUUUAGGAGGCGGAGCUGGAGGUGGAGGAGCAGGAGGAGCUAAGCUGGAUGCAGAAUCGUUGAACUUCUUUCAAUACCCAGAGGUAACAGUUGUGAAUGGUGGCGGUGGAGCUGGCGGCGGUGGUAUGGGAGGAGGUGCAGGCGGAGGAUCAGCAUUCUCGUCAUAUUAUACAAGUAAUACGGCAACAGCAGGUGGUGCUGGCGGAGCUGGAGGAGGAUAUGGUAUUGCUGGUGGAGAAGGAUAUGGCGGUGGUGGCGGAGGAGGUUAUGGCGGUGGUGGUGGAGGUGGUUAUGGUAUGACAAGUGGAGAAUACUCAACAACUACUACACGCACCAUUGGUGGCGGCGGUGGAGGUGGAGGAUAUGGAACUGGAACUCUUACUGGCGGAGGUGGAAGUGCAGGAUAUGGAACUGGAACCAGCAACUACUCUGCAUCUAAAAUGUACAGUUCAAAUACAAUGGGUGGUCAGUCUCUUGGUGGUCACUCAGCUAUGGAUGCCGGUGAAUCUACAACAGCUGAUUAUGACUUAGCAUCUGGAACAGGAACCAUGAUGGGAGGUGGUGGUGGUGGCUCUAAUACUAUGAAUAAAUACAGCACAAUGCAGUCUUCUUAUCAGGUUCAGAAUGUGAGAACAGUACUUAUCAACAACCAAGGAACACAACAACUAGUUACAUAUCAUUCUGCUAGUGGUGCCGUCACCCCUGGAGCUGCUGGAGAUGAAGUACGUGUAGACUGUUGUCUGAUGAAUGAAGAUGGACGUACAGUUGUAACAGGAUCAACACUGGGACCACCACAAGUAUGGAAUAUGCAGACAGGAGAAUUACUAAGAAUAAUGAAAGGAGACACAGUGGGAUCAACAAAUCUACAUCUGGCUUGUAAUGAUCGGUUAUUAGUUGGAGCAGUCCAUGCUGAUUUAGAAAUAAAUGAAUUUUCUACAAGAAAAGGUGUAACAGUUAAAAAAUUACAGAUCUGGGACUUUACAACAGGGAAGCCAUUAGACAUGGGAGUAGAAGAAACAUGCUCAGCUUUAUGUGUAAUGUCAGAUCCAGACAAGGUCGUAUUUGGACGUUCAGACAAAUUCGGCAAUGCUUCAAGUAUCGUAGUAUGGGACUUAUUAGGUAACCAACCAAUCAAAGAAAUGCGUUACGAUGCACCUGUAGGAAACAAUGACUAUAUAAAUUUCUUAGCUUUGUCACAGAAUGACCGCUACUGUGUGGCGGGAUUUACAAACUCUUUCGACAAUUACGCAGAAUUUGUAGUGUUUGAUAUGACAUUAACAAGUUAUAAUAUAAACGAUGCUAGUAUUUUACGAUUGGAUGCUAAUCCUGAAUGUACCGCCAUAUUGCCACAUGAAGAAGCUUGUACAGGUUUACGUAAUGGUGAUCUCGUUAUUUGGAAAUUACGUUCAGGUCAAGCUGAUCGUCAGUUAUUAUCAUCUGGCGGCCAUGCCCACAGUAAAGAAGUUAAGGCUGUGUCAUUAUCACAGGACAAUAAAUAUUUAGUCUCUUGUUCCGCAGACAACACAAUGAAAUUAUGGGAUAUGACAACAGAAAAGCCAGUGCAGACAAUGUCAGGACAUACUGAUGAGGUUUGGUGUUCUGCCAUAUCUGUUGAUAAUGAGAUCAUUGUCUCAGGUUCCAAAGACGGUACUAUUCGUCUCUGGCGUACGAAAAACGGAAGUGAGAUCUGUGCCUUUAAUACUGGUGUCGAUGUCUUUAAUGUAACCAUGAGUCAAGACAAAGGAACCAUAGUUGCCCUUGGAGACAAGUUUGGAGCUCGUAAACUUAUUAUGUUGCAAGUUGUCAGAACUAAGAUUCGUCGCCAGACAACAUCAUAAUUCUUCAAAAAAACCUACAUUAGUUCAACGAACAAUGCAUACAAUACUUUACGAUACUUGGCUCCUCUCAAAUUAGUUUAUUAGCAAAUUUUUUGCCAGAUUAUUAAAAAAAUUUGCCGGACUAUGAAGAUUAUUAAAAUUUUGUUUGCUUAAUGUUUUUUUUUAAACAAGCUGAUUUGUUUUGGUCAAAGAUAUGUUAUAGCUUUAAAUAUUUUUUUGCUUUAAAAAGAGCUUUACAUGUAAUGAUAUGAUGUUUUUUUACAUAUUUCUGUCACAAAUUUCUAACCAAUGUUUGAGGAAAACACGCAAAUUAUAAACACAUGAUGUCUUGCCAAAUCACAAAUUCUUAUAUAUUUUUUCACAUAUCUUAUAUAUUACAAGUUAGAUUUAUUAUCUUUGCAUACUUUUAUAUAUUGCCAUAUGGAAUAAGAAAAAUUACUGUUUAAGCCAUAAUAAAAAAAAUCUUAGAUUCUCAUCCAACAUUUUUUUUUUUUUUAAAUUGGAGAAUUUUUGUCUAAUUAAGAUUUAUUUUUGACAAUUUUUAUGGCAGCAUAUUGCAAAAAACAAAACAAAAAUAGAUAAAAAUCAAUGCAUUUUUUUUUAAUUUUGCACUUAAAUUAAUUGGGGAAGAAUCUAAGAUUUGUUUAUUUUGGUUUUAUACUAAAUGAAUAAAAUUAAUUAGAAAAGAAAUUAUGAAAUAAGUUUCUUUUAAUUGUGAUGACUAAUUCUUCUAAUUAGAAAAAUAAAACAUUUGUAAAAAAAAUAAAUAAAUGGUUUGCUGAAGGUAGUAUGGGGGUCUUCUGUCAACUUUUAUCACUAGGUAGGGAAAAACAAUCUGUCACAAGCUUUAAUGAUUGAGAUAGGAAUGCAAUUCUUUUGUCAUAAUUAUGAUUUAAACAAAAGAAAAUUAUAUGGUUCCAUCAAACUUAGUAUUAUAAGGGCAGAUAACUCAGAUAAUUUAAUUUUAUAUUGGACAGUACAGUUAAAUUUCGUUUUUGUACAUGUAUUUUAGAAAAACAAGUGUAUUGCGGUUUUCAAAAUGUGUCAGUUUUUCACAACUUGAAGCUUGAAAAAAAGUUUGCUGACAUAAUAGUUUUUAUUAUAUUUUUGAAAAAAGCACAAUAAAAACUACAUUUUGGCAACAUAUGAAAAUAAUUGUGUGAUGUUUUGUUUAUACCCCCAUAUUACCUUAAAAGAACUUUUUGUAAUGUUCCAUAAUUUUCAUGUAAUUAAAAAAUGUGAAGAAGUCUUCCAGACAUACAGCUGUUUGUAAUUUCACUAUGUUUACAGCUAUAUAAUACAACAGGGUUGUCAGAUUAUAUUUAUAAAAAGUGUUGAAGAAUACUCUUUUGUUUAAGAUUUGAUAAGAUUUUUAUGAACUAUUUAUUAAUUAUUAUUGCUUUAAUAAAUGUUUAUGCCUAAA